AUGAGGCAUAUGUUGCCCUACCUUGUAAUUUUGCUGCCUUGCAGCCUGGCCUUCCCGGUACUAGUUGAACCCAGAGCAACAAGCAACAGAGAUCUGGAAUUUAUGAAGGCUUACCUUGAAGAAGUCAAGACCCUGGAAGAACGAAUCAAAGAAAUGCAGGAGUUCUUCCACUUGACUGUAACAGGAAAAGCAGAUGCACGGACUUUAGAGGUUAUGCACCAACCUAGGUGUGGAGUGCCUGACGCAAAAUAUACCUUGUUUCCAGGAAUGCCAAAAUGGAACAAGAAAUCAUUAACUUACAGGAUUAAUAACUACACCCCUGACCUGCCAAGAACCAAAGUGGAUUCAGCCAUAGCAAAGGCAUUCACGGUCUGGAGUGAUGUAACUCCCUUGAAAUUCACAAAAAUAACAAGACCAGCUGAUAUCGAAAUCCGUUUUGGAUCUCGUGCCCAUGGUGACAGAUAUCCUUUUGAUGGAAAAGGUGGAGUCCUGGCUCAUGCUUUUGCCCCUGGAUCAGGCAUUGGGGGAGAUGCCCACUUUGAUGAGGAUGAACAGUGGUCCGACUACAACAAAGAAAUCAAUCUUUUCCUUGUUGCUGCACACGAAUUUGGUCAUUCCUUGGGACUGGGUCAUUCAAAGGCCCGAGGUGCUUUGAUGUAUCCUACUUACACUUAUGUGAACCCAAACACCUACCGUCUUCCUGCUGAUGAUAGGCAAGGAAUUCAGAAAUUAUACGGUUUGGCCGGCUAA